AUGGAUUCUCCUCCUCGCAUGCCACCAGCAUUCUUCAUUCUGUUGCUGUUUGUGUCUCUGCAGACACUAGGUUGUGCAACGCAGGACUGUUCUGGUCCCAUCCAUAAGUGCAAUGGAACUAUAAUGCUGGAGAAAUUGACUAAGGAGCACCUGAAGGGCCCUUCCUCCUCGCUGUUGAUCCCCUCUCUGUACCUGGUGGUGAUCUUUAUUGGAUUCCCUGCCAACAUACUAGCUCUAUGGGUCCUGAUAGCCAAAACCAAAAAGAUGCCUUCCAACACCUUCCUCAUCAACCUGACAGUUGCAGACCUUCUACUGAUCCUGGUCUUGCCGUUCAAGAUCUUCUACCACUUCAGUGGCAAUGACUGGGUUUUUGGGGAGAUCUUGUGCAGACUUAUGACAAUUUUCUUCUACGGCAACAUGUAUUGCUCCAUCCUUUGCCUCACGUUCAUCAGCAUUGAUAGGUACAUUGCUCUGGUCCAUCUGUUUUUAGCCAAAACCUUACCAAGCAAGAAAACGGCUUCCUACCUCUGCAUUGGGGUUUGGGUUUUAGUGGUAGGUGCCAUGUUGCCGUUGGGUUUAACCCAACAAUCCUACAGCUUUAAAGAACCCAACAUCACCACGUGCCAUGAUGCUCUGCUCAAGGAGGACCAAGCCAAUUUCUUCUUCCCUUACUUUGCGAGCCUCUUUGCUGUCGGAUUUGUUGCCCCCUUUUGCAUCAUUGUGUUCUGCAAUUGCGCUAUCCUGCGAGCACUCAUCCUGAGUGAGAAGCGAUAUGUCUAUGCGGCCAAAAUCACUGCUUUGGUUCUACUGGUCUUUGUCGUGUGCUUUGCUCCCAGCAGCAUCAUCCAGUUUCUUCACUACUCUGAGUUCCAAAUGGUACAGAACCACAGUGACUUGUACCGCCCUUACAUGAUCAGCCUGGCUCUCAGCACUUUCAACAGCUGCAUUGACCCUUUCAUUUAUUAUUACAUAUCUGAGGAUUUCAGAGCAAAGGCUAGAAGCACAGUGAAAUGCUGUAGAAAGACCCCUUACAGCUUAGGAACCACUUCCAGGAAAACUGAGACUUGCUCUUUAUCACAGCCAUUAAAGUCCACAGUAAUCUUCUGUAGAUAG